AUGCCACGGCGCCGCGCGACAUCCGUCAUGCCCUCAAGAGGAUUUUCCACGACAUUUCAGGAUACGCUCAAUCAGCUAGGGAACUUCAGCGAUGAGCUAGACCACGACGUUCAGCUCAGCGACGCGGUCGAAAGGCUGUACGAUUGGCUGAAGGCCAUCUUCGCGGCACUUACCCACCAUUCACGCGAGUCUGCCGACUCGCUUCUGCGGCUUCUUGGGGCGAUCCAAGAGGCGGAGCGCGAAGUGAAGACAGCGUGCGAACAGGGAAGGUCGCAUGAUGACAUUGCGCUCUGGGUGCUGCAAACGUUUUCCUUGAACGGUCUUCACUCCUACACUGGCACCGCCUUCGGGGCGCAAGCUGCAAGCUACUAUCAACACAUUGAGGCCGCUGCGUAUCCCUUACCUGCACACGGCGUCCAUCUCCCUCCGCCUCAAGUCCUUGCACCUCCGCCACCCGCAUUUCCACCCGUUCGACCCGAGUUGGCGCCAACCGUUACCUCUCGGAUCGAGCAUCACCUGCCUCGCAUCCAGACCUACGAAGAAUGGUUGGCCAGCCAGCAAACGUCGGGCCAGCACAGUCUUGCGAAGGUGGACCAGCGUCUCGGCUCCUCCAUGACGGCUCGGAAGGCGGCAAUCUACGGCAUGACACCUGAAGAAUGGACAAGGCGAUCGGCGUGUCGCUUCUGA